AUGGCCAGUAGUGUAUGUGCUGUAAGACCAAAUUGCACGGUCGUUGCUAGCUCGUCUUUGGUUUCGUCGCAGGAGCCGUCAGGUCGAGCACCGCGGUCGGGGGAGGAACACAAUGGCGGGACCCGCGCGCUGGCUGGCCACGUGCGCUACCUGACUCUGGGCGGGCUUUGGCCGCGCGCGCGCGGAACCCCCUACCUGGUGUACGCGGCGCUGGUGCAGCUGUGCGGCGCCGCCUACGUGGCAGUCUGCCUGCUCAGCGUGUACUCUGCGCGCGGCGACGUGGCGGGCAUCUCGCACACGCUGAUGCACACCCUCGAGAUCAGCUCCGGGGUGCUGAAGGCAGGGCUCUUCUUCCGCAAGCGGCGGGCCUUCUACCGGCUGGUGCGGGACCUCGAGCUAAUGGAGUCCCGGGACUGGGGUUGCCCCGAGCUGGAGGCCGCUCGGCGAUGGGCGCGCUGGAUGACGGUGUCACUGAGCGCCUACAUCUACGCUCUGAUCCUGCUGUGGCUUCCGUCGCCGCUGCUGGCGGGCGGUGACGAGUGGCUGCUGCCGCUGGUGCAGCUCCACGGCGUGGACUGGUCACGGCGGCCCGCCGCCUACGCCGCGCUCUACGCACUGCAGUGCGCCGUGCCACUCACGCAGGUGCCCGUCGUCAUCGGCCUGGACUGCUUCUUCGUGGCGGCCAUGCUGCACGUGGGGGCACUACUGCAGCUGCUGGGGCAGCGCGUCUCCAGUCUGCGAGUCUCGAGUGACAGUUACUCUGAAGACUCUGCUAGCGACGAGGAACGGGACAUUCUCUACGCAGAACUCUGCAGCUGCAUCCAGAGUCAUCAGAAAAUAACAAAGUAA